AUGGCACCAAAAAAGACUUCUCCAAAGUCUAAGCAAAAAAAGACUUCACCACCAACAACUACAACUACAGCAUCAGAUAUAAUAGAGAAGAAACAAUCGUCACAGCCGAAGAAUGAAGUUCAAUUGAGUGAACGUGAAAAGAAGAAACAAAACUUUAUUGUUCGAGCAAUUUGGACAAUUGUUAUGUUUUUAUUCUUUAUUACUAUUCUAUCACUAGGUCAUAUAUGGACUGUUGUUUUAGUAUUCAUAUGUCAAAUCUUGGUUUUCAAAGAAUGUAUAUUUGUUGCUUCACAACCUUCAAAAGAGAAAAACUUGCCAUUAACUAAAUCAUUGAAUUGGUAUUUCUUAUUCACAACAAUUUAUUACCUUGAUGGUGAAUCAUUUAUUCAUUCAUUCAAUCAUUUAAUUUUUACAAAUCAAUUCCUUACACCAUUAGCUACCCAUCAUAAAUUCUUGAGUUAUUGUCUUUACGUUUUGGGAUUCGUUUUCUUUGUUGCUACAUUACAAAAAGGUCAUUAUAAAUUUCAAUUUUCACAAUUAUGUAUUACUCAUAUGGUUUUAUUAUUGGUUGUUUUCCAAGCACACCUUAUUAUCAACAAUAUCUUUAAUGGGUUGAUUUGGUUCUUAUUACCAGUUUUAUUAGUGAUCACUAAUGAUAUCAUGGCUUAUUUAUGUGGUAUUACAUUUGGAAGAACCCAAUUGAUUGCAAUUUCUCCAAAGAAAACUGUGGAAGGUUUUGUUGGUGCUUGGAUCUCAACUAUUGUUAUUGGUAUUGUUUUAGCUAAAGUCUUAACAAAUUUCAAUUACCUAAUUUGUCCAGUUAAAGAUUUACAUGAAAAUGUUUUUUCCAAUAUAGUUUGUGAUAAGAAUCCAAUUUUCAUUGCCCAGGAUUUUAGAAUUCCUCCAAUUAUUGGUGAAAAUAUUGGAAUUUUCAAAAUUACAAUUAGACCAAUCUAUUUCCAUACAUUAAAUUUAGCUUCAUUUGCUUCUUUAAUAGCACCAUUUGGUGGAUUUUUCGCAAGUGGAUUGAAAAGAACUUUUAAAGUUAAAGAUUUUGGUCAUACAAUUCCUGGUCAUGGUGGUAUUACUGAUCGUAUUGAUUGUCAAUUUUUAAUGGGGUCAUUUGCUUAUUUGUACUAUGAAACAUUCCUUAGUACUAGUAGAAUUAAUGUUGGGUCUGUUUUACAGUUGGUUGUUACAAAUAUGGAACCUAAAGAAGUUUUAGAGUUGGUUAGAAAAUUGCACUUAUUCCUUUAUAAUAUGGGUGUGAUUGAUGAGAAAACUUACUCUAAAUUGAUUCAAUUGAUUUAG